AUGGCCUGGCUGCCCGCGCUGGGCGCCGCGCUGUGGCUCAGCCUGGCGGCGGGCGCCGUGUGGACGCAGACCCUGGUGAGAUGCCCCCGGGCCAGCCUGUGCCGCCGGGCGCUGGUGUCGGGCAACGACGUGGUCCUGCAGUGUGACAGCCACCGGGCGCGGUGGUACUUCACGUCGGUCUGGGGGGAGCAGCUGGCGCUGCUGAGCCCCCUGUCCCACUUGAGCCCGCUGCCCGGGGGCGGCCUGCAGCUGCGGAACCCGCAGCCCUUCCACGCGGGGCGCUACCGCUGCCAGCAGGACCACGGGACCCCGCUGGUGGAGUACGAGCUCGACUUCCAGGACGCCAGCGGCCUGCGCAUCAGCCACCGGGGCCUGGGCCAGCAGCCUCUCUGGAACCAGACCCUGGUGGUGGGGCCGGCGGCCGUGGAGAUCUUCACCCAGUGGGGCCCCUGGCAGGACUGCAACCGCUGCGGGCAGCCCGGCGAGCGCAAGCGCCUGGGGUACUGCUACAUACAGGACCCCCCCGAGCCCCCCACGGCCUGCGGCCUGUACCUGGGGGAGCGCAGGCUGUCGUACCCCCGGGCACAGCCCGAGCUGCAGGUGGAGGCCUGCCACACGCCCUGUGUCUUCCCCAAAGAAACACACCAGCCCUUCUUCGUCUUCGACAUUUACCCGCUGGGCAGGCUGACCUCGAACCUGUGGCUCAGCUGCCCUUUGGCGUCCAUCUACAGGCCAGUACGCUGGGAGAUGGACGGCAGGCCGGUUACUUGGCAAAGCCAGCUGUCUGGCCAAAAUAACCACACCUUCCUGUCCCCCCUCACCGGCGGUGAGCAGCUGCAGAUUUCCCAGAUGGCCACCUACACGUGCUUCGUGGAGCAGGAACUCGUGGCCCAAUUCAAUCCAGUCACUCCAGAGAGGCUGGAGGCCCCGAGGCCAGGGCCAGAGGCUAAGCCAUGGAGGCUGGGCGAGGCCGAGGCCCUGGCUGGGCAGGCAGAUGCUGUCCUCCAGGGGCUGAAGAUGGCCCUGUGUGUGGGGACCAUCCUGGCUUUGUUAGGUUUGUUGUUCAAGGUCCUGCGCCCCGCUCAGGGCCAAAGAAGCAAUCCAGCAGUGCUGGUGACAUAAAAUAAACCCUGGGGCCAGAGGGGCCCUGGGCCUUCAGUA